CUUGAAUAUGUAGUUGGGUCCCGUCAAGUGAGCCGGCUUCUUCCCUCCUCACUGCUGCUGCGUGCUCGGCUGUCCGCGUCCACAGUAGUCUUCCGGUUUCUCAGGCUGGAGCAAGAGCUUUAUCAGCCUGAAUUUUCGGAUUCUCACUGGAAUCCAUCAUCAGAAAAGGGUGGUGAAAGGGCCAGGUGUUGCAGUAUUUAUAGGAUGUAGUUGCUAGGCCGCUGCAUGCCUGUCGUAGCCGGUAGCUUCCGAGGGCAUCACAGCUCGACUGGCCAGGUGUGGAAGCAUGCAGUUGCCGUGCUGUUGCUUUGCGCUUGGGUUCCGGUCAAGAUUGUUGAUUCCCACGCCCAUCGCACGCAGUCGGGUUUCUGACGGCCAGAUUUCGUCAAUCGUUCGGACGCUUGGGCAAUUUGGCUCGCCGAUAUUGAUACUAUGAACAGUGGUCAUCCGUACGCUGUUCUCGCGGCCAACUACUUUGCCCAGGCAAAGUCUCAGCCGUCGCGCUUGUUGAUUGAUUGAGGACCGGAAAACCAUGACGCAGUUGUCAUUCCUAGCAAGAAUUUCUGCUUCAUCAAACUUGAAUAUGUAGUUGGGUCCCGUCAAGUGAGCCGGCUUCUUCCCUCCUCACUGCUGCUGCGUGCUCGGCUGUCCGCGUCCACAGUAGUCUUCCGGUUUCUCCGACAUAGUUGUUUUGCCACAUCUGAAACAGACACGGUAACCGACUCCAGCUGUUUCUUGCCUUAGCAAUGGACCUUUCGGUCUCUUGAUCUGGCUCCCUAUGGUUGCCUCCGGCCUGUGUUUUACUCCAUUUCUAAAUGAUGUGAUAAGACGGCUGGCGGCCUCUGAGACAUUCUUCACGUACGGGAGAGCUCGCCAAAAUUUGGGGCCGGCAGGAUUUCGUCUCUUGUCUCCUUUGCGCAGGCACUAGUUGACGAAGUUGCGCGGGUAGCCAUUGGCUUUGAAUAUCAGUCGAAGGUAUUGUAAUUCAGCAACCUUGUCUUUCGGUUCACAGUAGUGUGUCCCCACACGCCGGUAUAGUGUCCUUACGUAACUGCGGAUGUGACUUAUUGGGUGGUUGCUGUUGUAGCUCAGUACGUGCGUCGUUUUUGUCGCCUUCCUGAACACUUUGGUCUUUAGGCCACCACAAUCUUUGCGGCAGACAAAGACAUCAAGAAAGGCAAGCUGGUUGUUUUCCUCUUCCUCUGUCGUAAAUUGGAUGUCCGGGGGAUGACAUUGAGAUGUUCUUGGACCCCUAACACCCGAUCCCGUUCGAUAAAGACGAAGUUAUCAUCCGCAAAUCGAGCCCAGAAUUUCGGUCUGUGGUGUCCGAAAACCAGCGACUCCAACCGUUGUAGGACCGCCUCAGCUAUAAGUCCCGAAAUCGACGAACCAUUUGCCUUCCCUCCACCUGCUCGUAGAUUGUUCUGUCGAACGUUAAGUACGUCUUGAGUCAGAACUUCAGGAGCUGGAUGAGUUGGGCGUGUCAAUGGCGAUUCCGCGUCUUAUCAUGCUUGUCUCGUAGGAGUAGUUCGAUAGCCUUGACUGCCAGGUCCUGCGGAAAGGAAGUAAAAUUUGACGUGACUUCGCUUGGCAGAAGACUCAACCCUUUAAGUUUCGCCAAGAAUUGUGUUGACAAACUGACUGUAGUGUCCGAAUUUGCAGUCAUAAAUUUGAGACGCCAAAACAGCCAUUUAACCAGUUCGCAAGUUGGAGUACCUUUGGACGGGAAGGGGACACCCUUUUUGUGCACCUUAGGAAGGCCAUAGAAGCGGGCCAAGGCCGUGUUCUGGACUCUCGCCAUGCGUCGGCCAGCCGGUGAUAUUGCACCCGAGUUUUUUUUUCAAUUCCAACAGUAUCGUAUUGAUUUUUCGUGUCAGUGUUUUUGCCGGGUUGGCUGCGCAAGGAGUAUAGGACUGUCGUUCUCCAAUAAACGUUUGGCUUCUUAAUGUAGUUUGUCCUGUUCAAACCAACCGUGGAACACCCCUUGUCCGCAGGCACGAUAACGAGAGCUUUAUCGGCCUUGAGUCCCUUAAGUACAGCAAGUUCGAUCUUGAACAGCACUUCGCGCGGCCUGUGAGCCAUAAGGAGAGACGAUACGCGGAGAGACGAUGUUUGGUGUCGAAUAAGGUCCGUCGCUUCCGUCUGACUGAGGAUUUAUUCCAUCGCUGCGAUCACAUUGGCAGGUUUGGCAUCAGCUGUGUUAGAUGAAGGUUUAUCCCGUAACACCAGCAUUUUAUCCUUCGUCAGCUCCUUUGACGACAGGUUGUGCACCAGUUUAUCGUUUUUGGGCGACGCAGAAUAAGGUAGCUUUCUAAAUUUGUUCGCCAGCGCUGCGUCACAUAUCGCUCUCUGUUCGCGGACACGUUGAGACAUCCUCUGUAGGAGCAGAUUUGAACUCAUGGCAUUUGGUCUUCUCUACGUCAGUUCUCUGACCCUACUUGCAAAGCCUUAUCUGACUCUUCCUCUGAUGAUGGAUUCGAGUGGGAAUCCGAAACGCAAGGCCAAUAAAGCUCCUGUUCAGGCAAUCGUGUCUCCUUUUUCGUUAAUGACUGUGUCGUGAAUACCAUUUCGUGAAUUGAAGUCUUUAAACUAAUGCUGUUUACCACUUUGUCUAGCCAAGUAUAAAAAGUUUGCGUUAGGUCUCUACGGUUGGCAAAACGUAUUGCAAAGCUCACGCCAAAGUUCCUACGAAACCACUGUAUGUUUUGGUAAGACGCAUCACAAAGACCUUGCCAUGAACUCCUACAGAACCACAAAACCUUUUAGAGUCACCCCGCUGUUUUCAGGUAAACUCGCAAAUUGAAUUCUUUGUCUUUUUUCUUCUAAAGUAUAAUCGCAAACAGGCAAGCUGCUUUCUUAACAAGAAUUAAGUAUAUCCCACGUCACAAACUUGCAGUGAACUUUAGUUUUUUUUCUCAUAAGGGUACUACGGUUCGCUGUCGGAUCAGCCGAGACAAACGCGGUGUCGAUCGGGGUUUCUUUCCCACCUACUUCCUUCAUCUCGAGCACGAUGAUGGUCGCCGAUUCUUUCUUCUUGCUGCUCGUCGAAGACGCCGCUCAACCACCAGUAAUUAUGUCAUCUCCUUUGAUGCAACCGAUCUUUCCCGAUCGAGCUGCCGCCUGGCUGGAAAGUUGCGGGCCAAUUUUGUUGGAACUCAGUUCACUGUUUAUGAUGUCUCAUCGUCACAAACGGCCAAAGGUAGGAUGACUGAGCGCUCUGAGUCCGAAUCGGUAGUCAUGCAGGGAAGAAAUUCGGUUCUGAGUGGAAGCAUGCCGGCAUCUCCGAGAGAAACACGGGAAAUGGCCGCCAUAAUUUAUGUACGCUUUGUCGAAUGUGAAAUGUCUACUUUGAAAUAAUCAAUAGCAAUAUUUAUCUUUCUACGUCGUGUACGGGAGCUAUACCUAACCCAUCUCAUGCUUGUAUGGCAAUUAGCAACACGCUUUCUGUUCCUAAAUUAGCUGAUUAUAUUAAUUUAAUCCUUAAGCAUGGCAGUUUGGCUUACUAUAGUCGUGAGAUCCUGCUGCAACCAACUAAACUUCUAUCUUCAUGUUUCCCCCAUUUCUAUAUACCUACUAUGUUUUGGUAGAUGUGCAGGUUCAGAAACAUUUACUGCUCCUAGCAUUAACUGUGAUUCCUUCUCCUUUGGUUUUAGGAUCCGAAUAUUCUAGGUUUCAAGGGGCCACGCAAAAUGACUGUCAUAAUUCCCAAAAUGGAUGAAGAUGACCACAUGAUGAAUAUCUAUUCUGACAAUGUAUGUUGUUCGGAAAGUUACGCUUUGCACAAUUUUGCCACUUCACCGCUGGUUGAUUUUAUAAACAGCGACUGGUUUCUUAUCCGUUUGCGACACACAGACUCUGAUGAGUUUUUUUAGGAAGACACACCUACGCCUACACAGACAUCACUUUGUACUAUCAAGUAUAUGGGCACCCAUUUGCUUCGUGGAGUAUUGGGCGUUGUCGAGCGGACGUUGCCUAGCAAAUCAAGCAAGUAUAUCUUGGUAGGACUGCUACACGGCUUGGGCACUUGGGCUAGCAACCUUUGGUAAACGCCCUGACAGAUAUUCGUGCCAACUCCGGUUUAUAGUCCGGUUAAGGAAUUUACGACGCGAAUACUGGCUGCGUCAGCUGGUGAACAAUUUUCAGAGGUAAAAAACGGGGAUCAGACUGAAAUUCUUCGGCUCAUUUUCUAGGGCCUCUCCUCCCGCCAACCCGUGAACAGUUCUCGCAUUGAGGCUUCGAGCUGUUGAAUGCUGACUUGCGAUUUUACUGUCUUUCCAUGCAGCGUGGAGGUGGCGCAAGGAAAGAGAAUUUUCAAUGCUUUCCGGUCAACAUGCGCUGUUUAGACAUUAACUUGGCCAAUAAACACAGAAUGUAGUGUGUAAACCUGGAAUUGGCAGACAUGUUUUUCAAGUCAUAUCAGCGUACAUCUAAGAAAUCAGCAUUUUGGCAUAACUGAUAGCUAACCCAUUAUAAGUGAUGAGGACUGUCGUUGUCCAAAUUCACCAUAGUGACUUGUGCCUUGCUGAGAGCAUAAUGGAGGAAACUGGCACGCUGUCUAAUUCACUUUCUUCCCAUGUCCAUCAUCAUUGGGAGACAUGAAAUGAUCAAGACGACUGGGGUCUGACGUGGACGCGAGUUUGAGGUUAAAAAUUCACAUCUGUGCGUGCCGCACACGUGCUCAUCGCACCACCACCUCUUUCAACAACGCCACAAUAUUUAACUCCACCUUUUGUAGAGGGGUGCAGUCCUAGAGACCGUGUUAAGUAAGGGUCUUUGCAGAGCAACCCUAACUUUCGAUGAGGGCUUAGUUAACUCGCCAGUCGAAAACGUUCCAGAUCACCACUUAUAGUGCGCUGGGAUAGUUUAAGGCCCGCGUGUGUGAUUUUAAUGAGACAAAGGUAUUAGUGUUUAACAGGACUGUUAAAAUUAAAUCGUAGGCGACUUCGCGCGCUCGUUUUCGUCCCAACAUUUGUCAAUGCAAGGUCCAACUGGGCGCAGCGGCUGCCGAAACCUUAGGCCUUCGUCCAAAGUGAGCCACCUCUGUUUAGGUCUGACGCAAAAACGCAGUCUGUUCUAAGAUGCUAGCGACCGCAACUGGCAGCAUAGCGAGUGAAUAAAAAUUUGAGAUCAAAACGCCGAAAUCGACUGAUUUUUGGCUGAACCAUUGUCAUGGAGCAUCCAGGCCAGACUGCGCUUUAAUUAAGUCUAUAAUGUUUCAGUCUUGUGGUCAAAAAAUCCAAUGGUAAGAAUAGGAGCACUGGCAUGAAAAACGGACUUAUUACGGAAAUCCCAGAAUCGCCUUUUCUUCCUUUCCUUCUAGGAUUCCUGCCUACUGUUGGAUCAGUGGCGGAAAAGGAAAACCUACGCCAUCAUGGAACUUCGAAACAAGACCCCCGUUUGGAAUGAAGGUAAGGGUUGACUCGCCUUUGAAUCAGCUUCCGCCCGAAUAACAGGUGCCCGCUACGUCAAGAAUGCAGGCUACGCUAUGUAAAGAAUCGAAGUCAACACUAUCUACAUUUGACCACUUUCCGGCCGGCAUCAGUGUAAUAGGUUUUUAGAAAAGUGAGGGCUUCAUCAGCGCCGAUAGAAGCAUUUUGAACGUCUCUUUUAAGCCCGCAUUGACCUAACCUUUUCUGAUCAGCACUCAGAUAGUAGUGAAGUUAUCGUACCGAAGUGUUUACCCCCGGGUGAACCACAGGGAGGUCUGAAAGGAUGUGUUACUGCAAUGCAGAUAUUAGCAAAUACUCGGCACCAUCCUGCCUCGAGUUCUCACCCAAAUGUUUGCCCGAGAAAAUGUUUCCCAAUCUCAUGAAGAACUCCGCCAAAUUCUGCAUCCUAUUCUCAUCGCCUUCUAAUUUAACAUGAGCCCAGAUAGGCCGGAAUUCAUUUAACGGUCAGCCCUUUUCGAGGCAUAUUGUUAAAUGUCGAACAGAAACUUUUAACUGCGGGAUCCGCACCUGACGUCUACAAGUCUUUUGCUUUUCUCCGCUGAACACAUCUUAAUCUAAGGAAUCAAAGAGUUAUUCUGACAAGCGGGAGCUGACUCAUAAGUUUGAAACAAGUCUGGCAUCGCACGCAAACAGGUCCACUAAUGUCUCAAUUUUUUUUGGUGGCUUUAUCACUGGUUGUGCAUUGAGACGCAGAGUCAGGUCCCGGGUUUCAGGAUAAAGUCAAAGACAUCAGAAUGGGGGGUUUAUGAUAUACAACGCCUGAGGUGCUGUCUCAGGGAGCAGCGGCCGCUGGUCAAUUUACGACGUACGCUGACGUUGUCAUGUCUGCAAGGGUGUGUGUUGUGCCUCCUUCCGCCAAACGGGUGACGUGGUAGAUGCGUCGGACCAACACGGGCGUCAUAUCGGCCUCUGGCAGGCGUUAUCGGAAUGCGCACCAUAACAAAUGCCAACAUUUCGGGGCGCGGUGGCAGACCCGGUUGCCGACAGACGUCGCGCACACUGGGACCCCUGCCACCUAUUCCCAUUGUUGCUGCUGUUCAACAAUCCGGUCAUUUUCUGUGUGGGCCAGGGGGUGUGGGAUGGAUCGCCAAGGUGCGGGCUCGACCGAAUCAUCCACAUGCGUCCUCCCCCGCCGCCGGUCUUCUUGCCUCUGUCUUGACAUCGGACGCAGAUGGGGAAGAGGAGGAGGAGGUGGAGAGGGCGAGGUAGAUGCUGUGCAAGUCCACUGCCACUAUAAGCUAAUUCACGCGCAAGUUACCGUUCCUGCUUCACCUUAUGCGGUGGACAUCUUCGGGCACGACGGUUGAACUGUCGUGUUUGUGUCUGUUGCCUUACCCUAGGGGUGAAGCGUUUAAUGGCUUAUGCCGCAUAUGUCAAAGGGUGGCGUGUUCCAGCAGCGUAUACGCGACGCUAAUGCCUGGACGAGCGUGUGUCCGAACUGAAUUCCGUCGAGUGGCCGUAGGUCAGCGUGUCUGCGCCUACACAAAGUUGCUUUGCGGAAGGAGCCCAUGCGGUGGAACCGAACAACCCUGGCUGUUUAGGCUUCGAAGCAAAUAAGGUGACUGAUGCAAUAAUCAGUGCUGGCCACAGCUUCAGGACAGAGAGUCCGGUUAGCACAGUCUGCCACACAAACAGCUCAGAAACGCUGCAGAUGCAACGGCGCAUUUACAACAGCCCGUUCCCAAUUGAACCGACUAGGAAUGUCGUUUGCAAGUUGAAGAGUUUACGUGGAGGAGAGCUACAGUCGAGGCAGGGCGGCUACCGUCGACGCUCUCUUGAUGCGUAUGGGAUCCAUCGAUUGGUGUUCCUUCUGGUUGAGUCGGCGGACCGUCCGCAGGAAGGGCAGAUGACGUGCUGCCGUCCAUAGAGGGGGGUCUUGGCGCUGGGAGUGACAGGUGUGAUGCUGGCAGUAUGUUAGUACCGCCAAAGACAAGGGAGACUGGAAUGGCCAUUUCCGGCUUAUUAGCCGUUGUCAGCCAGUCAUACCCAACCCCGAAGUGUGGAACACUUGAGGCUCGAACUCGCGACCUGUUAGUUAGAAGUCCACGCCUCUAACCACUGGGCAACGAGGUCGUUGCCCUGUCGAUGUGACGCUCUCUCAAAUCGACAUGGCAACCAGUACUGUAGGGCGGGCGUCAUGAGGGACUCGAAGGGGGGUUGCUCAGGUGAACGGCGGUAGAACCAGAUAUCCAGUACCAUCAUAUAGAUUUCUUCAAUUUAUUGAUUUACUGUUCUUACACACUGACCCUAUCAGCUCAAUUUUUGCAGUCAAGACUCACGAAUACAUCGUCAUGUUAGAUCAGCGCUUACCAAUUUGUCCCAGUUUGUAUUACAACCGCAGUCAGGAUUCGGCAGGGACUGUUUCGUAGUUUUUUCAUAAUAGUUUCUUCCCUACGACCACGAAACAAGCGUCUCCAGGGCAUUCUCGUUGGUAUAGUCUGGGCAAAUAAGACAAUGUGAAUUUGUGAAGGCCCUGGAUUUAACGGGACGAUAUAUCACCCCAGUUCUAGAUAGAAGACUAGGACCUACCCAUUUCCGUUAAAUCAUUGGUCUAAAAAUGACAGUUGACACGAUAUCGCGAUAACCGCGAACUCCAUUCCUGGGUUGGACUUAUUGCAUCAAACUGUUUGAACAAGGAAAUUCCAAAAGCCGAGACACAUCUGCGACGUUUAAACUUUGCCACCACAAACUCCUACCGAGCGACCGCGAUCGCCACAUAAGACUGGGAUAAUUGCUUGUUAGUGUGCAUCUGAGGGUAGCAGACAGUGACUUAGGGACCCAUAUCUUAAUAUUAUGUUUUUUCUUCCCAACGUUUCUCACUAUGUAACAUAUUUCCUUCCUCAAGACACCCAAUCGUAUGUCCUGAAUUUCCACGGGCGUGUCACCCAGGCGUCCGUAAAGAAUUUCCAAAUCGUACCAAAGACAGAUGGUGAGUAAUUCAUGACGUGUCCGUUUUUUUCUGGAUUUAGGGCGUCUCCUGCGUGCUCUGUGACUUAUUUCAUUUCAUGAACUUUUCAGAAAAUAAUGUCCUCAUGCAGUUUGGUCGCGUCUCCGAGGACGUUUUCAGCAUGGAUUUUGAGUAUCCACUCUGUGCCCUGCAGGCUUUUGGCAUAGCUCUCUCCUCAUUUGACGGAAAAUUGGCCUGUGAAUGA